AUGGCCUCCGAUGAUGAGGAUGACUACAUGUCCAUGGUAAUUGAAGAGCCUACACAGAAAGAAUCAUUUACCCAACGGAAACGGAGAGAACAACGAGAGGCAGAAGCUCGAGGAAGAGUCCCCUCCAAAGCAGAACGAGCUGCACAGGAAGCUAUCCGACGCGAUGAAGCUCUAGCAAAGAGUACCCUCGACCCAUCGAACAAGGGGUUCAAGAUGAUGGCCAAGCUGGGCUUCAAGGCCGGAGAUACCCUGGGAAAACGCGACUCGCAUACACCAGAUAUGAAGCUCGACUCGACAACUCGAGCGAUGCAGGCACGCACGGAGCCGCUGAAUCUCACUUUGAAGGAUGGUCGGGGAGGUAUCGGGUUGGAUAGUGAGAAGAAACGGAAGAUUCGUGAGGAGGCCGAGGAAAUGACUAAAAAGAUUAAGCGCGAGGAAGGGGAUUAUCGUGGUCGGGUUCGUGAAGAGCGCGAGUUACGACGUACUGAGGCGCAGGUUCGGGCAGCACAGAAGGUUGCUGAGAGGCUGGAUAUAGAGGCCGAUGAGACUGUCCAAAUCCAGGGGGAAUCACGUACCGAGGAAGACGCGUCUAGAGAGGACAAGGACGAGACUGAAGAUCAGAAACCUAGGCCUAAGCGGGUAAAGCCGACUUCGCAAAUCAAUGUCCUUUAUCGUGGACUGGUCAAGGAAUACGAGGAUCGUGAGCGGGAGAAGCAGGCUCGACAUGCCCUUCAAACUUCUCUUCCAUCUUCGUUCUUCGGGAACCCUAAAUUGCCAGGCUACGAGGAUGAGGACUUGGAGCGGGAGGACAAACAGGCCAUUGGGAACCAGCUGGGUCCAUAUACUGCAGCGUUGGAGCAGGAGCUGGAAGAAGAAGAUCCUGAAUUGGAGGCCUUCAAUGCUCUGGAUCCCUCUGAACGCCUUGAGAAGCUGGUUAAACAUCUGCGUGACACGUACCGGUAUUGUUUUUGGUGCAAAUACCGUUACGAAUCCGAUGAAGAAUUAGAAGCUUGUCCUGGGUUGACGGAGGAGGAUCAUGAUUAA